AGGAGUGAACCAAAGGGCGGCCGAGCUGGAGCUCAAGACCUUUGUUCACAUCAUGAAGAACCACCGGGCGGAUGAUGACUUCAACCAGGGGCUGGCUGCCAUGCUCAAGACCCGCGACUGGCCUAAGAGCUAUCCCAACCUGAUGGCAUUGUGGCAGGCCAUGGCUGUGCUUCCACUGAGCACAGUGGAGUGUGAAAGAGGAUUCAGCAGACAGAACGUGAUCAAGUCGUGGCUGCGGACGAGCUUGUGCGAUGCAAGGCUGAGCGAACUCAUGACGAUCAACAUGCUGGACUACGACAUGGACUACGCCGAGAUCGUUGACAUCUGGAGGAAACAGAAGAUGCGAAAGCAGGCUAAGACAGUGGCCUAUGAGACUCCCCUCGACAAAGGCAAGAGUGCAGCCGAGGAUUCGGAUGAGGAGAUUGCAGCACUAGUGAGGGUUCAUAUGAGGAUGAUGAUGAUGAUGAUGAUGAUGAUUGAUGAGAUGCUGCUCUGUUACCGUGCCAUGUGGAUGUGAGACAAUACUUUUUGCUGGGCAAAUUCUA